AGUAUAAUUUACCUAAAAAACUUAGAAGCAAGAUGGCCGUUAAAGAAAAUGAGCUUGGUUGCAGCUCAUUUAUGAAAACAUUGCUAGUCUUUAGAACUAGAUCUAGAUCUACCUAGAUCUAGAUCUAUAUAUUACUGAAAAGUUUUACAAUUGUACUAUUUUACAAUUGUUUAAAACCGAUUUGCUGCAAUGGCUUUGAGAAGAGUGUCAGCACAAGUCAUCAGCCAACCACUCGCUUGCACAGUUUUCUCUUCUGCUUUUUCUGGUCAUGUGACCAGCCACACACAGGCUGAUAGAGGAUGUGGUCAUGUGACCAGCCACACACAGGGUGAAAGAGGAUGUGGUCAUGUACCUGUCUCUGGUCAUAUACCUGUCUUGGUCAAGGAGGUACUGAGUGUGUUGGAGCCCAAAGACAAUCAGGUAAUUGUGGACAUGACAUUUGGUGCGGGAGGACAUGCCAGACGUCUGCUGGAGCUGGCACCAAAUGCUCGCUACUUCGCCUGUGACAGGGACCCACUAGGAUAUGAAAAUGCUGUCAAGCUGUCAAAUGAAUACAGGCAAGUUGUCCCUGUGAUGUGUAAGUUCUCUGAUGUAGCGUCCCACCUACAGAAAGCUGGUAUCAAGCCAGGAAUGGUGGACAGUUUUUUAUUUGACCUUGGCGUCUCUUCCAUGCAACUGGACAUCGCAGACAGGGGUUUUUCACUUAGUCGGGAUGGACCACUGGACAUGAGGAUGGGAGGUCAUACUGAAGAUGAGGUGACAGCAGCUGAUGUGGUCAACACACUGGACUGUAAAGAGCUAAGUGAGGUCCUGAAGAAAUACGGAGAAGAAAGGAAAUGUCGAGAGAUAGCCCAUGCUAUAGUGGAGGCCAGGUUUGCGGGAGGAAAGUUGACACGCACCACUCAGUUGGCUCAGGUGGUACAGAAUGUUUUUCACAGUGGUGUCCAGCGCCUUGACAAGUUGGCCAGGCCGGCUCAUGUGGCCACAAAGACUUUUCAAGCUCUGAGAAUCUUUGUCAAUGAUGAGCUCAAUCAGCUUCACAAUGGGCUAGAACUGGCUGGCCAUUUUCUCAGGGUCGGAGGUCAUUGUGCUGUCAUCUCCUUUCAUUCCCUUGAAGACCGGAUAGUCAAGAGACACUUCCACGAUGUGGAUUUGGACGAGCGUGGCAACAGAAGCAUCCAUGACCACUUCCGUAACGCUGAGCUCAGUCUGGACAUGGGCCUUGUCCAGCAGGAAUGUUUGAGCAAGCCUUGGCAACCCAUCAGCAGGAAGGUUCUAGAAGCUUCAGACAGCGAGUGCCAGAGAAAUCCUAGAGCUAGAUCUGCCAAACUUAGAGCAGCCAUAAAGUGUUAGGGCCAACUUUGGCUGGCCAUAAACUGACAGGGUGGCCAACUUAGAGUAGCCACAAAGUGUUAGGGCAGCCCACAAACUGACAGGGUGGCCAAACUUAGAGUAGCCACAAAGUGUUAGGGCAGCCCACAAACUGACAGGGUGGCCAAACUUAGAGCAGCCAUAAAGUGUUAGGGCGGCCAACUUUGGCUGGCCACAAACUGACAGGGUGGCCAAACUUAGAGCAGCCAUAAAGUGUUAGGGUGGCCAACUUUGGCUGGCCACAAACUGACAGGGUGGCCAAACUUAGAGCAGCCAUAAAGUGUUAGGGCGGCCAACUUUGGCUGGCCACAGACUGACAGGGUGGCCAAACUUAGAGCAGCCACAAAGUGUUAGGGCGGCCAACUUUGGCUGGCCACAAACUGACAGGGUGGCCAAACUUAGAGCAGCCACAAAGUGUUAGGGCGGCCAACUUUGGCUGGCCACAGACUGACAGGGUGGCCAAACUUAGUGCAGCCACAAAGUGUUAGGGCGGCCAACUUUGGCUGGCCACAAACUGACAGGGUGGCCAAACUUAGAGCAGCCACAAAGUGUUAGGGUGACUAACUUUGGCUGGCCACAAAGUGAUAGGGCGGCCCAACUUUAGCUGGUUCCAAACGUUUAGGCCAUUCAAUUUUUGGUAUUUUUUUUUUCAAAUGUGCACAACUUUUUUUUUGUACUUCCAUUUAAUAAAUAAUAAAGUGAGAGCAACUGUUUGAUAGCAUCCUGGUCAGAUCAGUUGAAUU